AUAAACGCAUAGCCCAAUCGGAUAAAGUGCUGUCGCGCCUGCCUGUUGGUGCCCCUUAUAAUGAGGGCGUAGCCCACCUAACCUCGGAAACAUCCUGUGCCUGCUCGAUCAACGAGACCGACUCUGCCACUGGACUUGCCGCAUGCAAUGUCGCUAUCAAAGUCCACCGAAGGCGGUAUGCUCGCCGCGUGCGUCCUUGCAUUGCUCGGACAUCAGUAUUUCAAGCGAUUCGAACGGACUGACACAAAGUCUCUAGCCGUAUGGCUGCUAUGCGUGCCGGCUUUACCUGUGUUUUUCAUGCCGGUCACUCCGCGUACCUUGCCACUAGCCGCGAUUGUUGCCUACCUCACCUACUACGCUGCAUUGCUCCUUUCCAUCGCCGUCUACCGCCUGUCUCCCCUACAUCCUCUCUGGAAAUACCCAGGGCCUAUCACGUGCAAGCUCUCCAAAUUCUGGCUGGUCUACAUAUCGUACAAAGGCCAUCAACACGAGUACUUCAGACAUCUGCACGAUGUCUAUGGACCGAUCGUGCGAGUCGGUCCGAAUGAGCUGUCAAUUCUUGAGCUCGAUCUCAUCCCAUCCAUCAUGGGAGCGAAUGGAAUGCCGAAAGGCCCCAUGUGGGAUGGCCGCCGUUCCACGGGCAAGAAGGGUCCCGCAUCCAGCACCAAAGGGAACCUAGUCGGAGCUCGAGACCUUCAAGAUCACGCUGAAGCCAGACGUAUCUGGAAUCGUGGCUUCACGAUGGCAUCAGUCAAGCGCUAUGAACCGCUUAUCAUCCGAAGAACAUCGCAGCUCGUCGAUGAGUUGAAGAAGCAGUGCACCAAAGACUCGACAGGCAAGCCGAGUGCUGUAGUCGAUGUGGCCAAAUGGGUCAGCUGCUUCUCGUUUGACUUCAUGGGUGACCUAGUCUUUGGCGGUGCUUUCGAGCUCCUUCGCGAUGGUGACAAGAACGGGCUCCUCCGUACGAUCGAUGCUGGCCUGUUCCUUCCCGGACUCACGCAACACAUCCCAUGGUGUGUUGAUCUGCUAUUCGCACUACCAUGGAUGGGAAAGUCCCGGGCAAACGUUCUUGGCGAGUUUACCUAUAAGCAAGUCGCUAGGCGCAUGAAAGAGGGAGCUGUCCAUGACGAUUUGUUCUACCACAUUAGCGGCGAGUCAUCAACCGAGAAGGAGCGUCCAGCGUUCCCAACCAUCAUAGCGUCUGCGGCUGUGGCCAUCGUUGCAGGUUCGGAUACCACCGCAACGGCACUCAGCAGCGCAAUGUUCUUCCUCUGCUUGCAGCCCACGUGCUACGAGCGGUUACGAGACGAGGUCGACACCGCAUUCCCGCUUGGAAAGGCGGAGCCCACGGACAGCGUGAAGCUUGCGCAGAUGGACUACCUGAAUGCCGUCAUUAACGAAGCGCUUCGUCUAUUCCCUCCUGCACCGACAACCUUGCAGCGCGCACCGAGUCGCGGGAGUGGCGGACACCUCCUUGGAUCGAGCAUGUUCAUCCCCGAGGGAACCGCCGUCUACGUGCCACCAUACUCCAUGCACCACGAUCCGCGAUUCUUCUACCCCGAGCCCGACCGGUUCUGGCCUGAGCGGUGGCUCGCGAAGGACGACACGGCGUUCAUCACUAACAAGGACGCGUUCAUGCCCUUCUCGACAGGACCUGCCAACUGUGUCGGCAAACCCCUCGCGCUGAUUGAGCUGCGCAUGGUCCUGGCCUACAUGGUCCAAGCAUUUGAGAUGCGCCUCGCGGAUGGGUACGAUCCGGCGCGGUGGUCGAGAGACAUGAGGGACCUCCUAGUGAUUCAGAAGGGUUCUCUACCUCUUGUAUUGACUCCCCGUGUGUCAUGUUAAUUAUUGACUCCUCGAUUGCUAUCUAUAUGGUACGGACUCUUGGUAAUAUUGCUUUCUGGCAUGUCGCCGCAGUCCGUUCCCCGCAUUGUCGCCACUGCUCGCCCGUUCUGUCACAUUCACUUGUCUGGGAACCACUGUGCUUCUCUAUUUCAGCAAAGUUUACGUAGUAUAACGGCAUGUUCUGAAGGAGGCAGCCUGGCACGCUCGUCUGGUGUGGUGAGUGCAUGCCCAGGGAUAGGGAUAUCGGCUCUCACUGCUUAACCCCUAGACGACAUUGAAUUUCAUAAUGGAGCCUUUUCAUUCC